AUGUCGUUCGCCACACGCAUGUUCGGGCAGGCCCAGCGCCGAGCGUUCUCGGUAUCUGCGAGAUCGUCUUCCAAGGUCGCCGUCCUCGGUGCUGCCGGUGGCAUCGGACAGCCUCUGUCGUUGCUCAUGAAGCUCAACCCCCGUGUCUCACAACUUGCUCUCUACGAUAUUCGUCUGGCAAAGGGUGUCGCUGCUGAUGUCGGUCACAUCAAUACCAAGUCAACCGUCGUAGGCUACGACCCAACCCCAAGUGGUCUACGUGAAUGUCUCCAGGACGCCGAGGUUGUUCUCAUUCCCGCUGGUGUUCCCCGGAAGCCUGGCAUGACCCGUGAUGAUCUGUUCAACACCAAUGCUAGCAUCGUCCGAGAUCUAGCAAAAGCCGUCGCUGAUGCGGCUCCCAACGCCAACGUCCUAGUCAUCUCCAACCCUGUCAACUCCACCGUCCCCAUCUGCGCCGAAGUCUUCAAGAGCAAGGGCGUCUACAACCCCAAGCGUCUCUUCGGUGUCACCACCCUCGACGUCGUCCGUGCCUCCCGUUUCGUCUCCGAGAUCAAGAGCACCGAUCCUGCCAACGAGAACAUCACAGUCAUCGGCGGCCACUCCGGCGUCACUAUCGUGCCAUUGAUCUCUCAGUCAGGCCACACCGACAUCACUGGCGAGAAGCUCGACAAGCUGGUCAACCGCAUUCAGUUCGGUGGUGACGAGGUUGUCCAGGCCAAGGAUGGCGCAGGCUCUGCUACUCUGUCUAUGGCUAUGGCUGGUGCUCGUUUCGCUGAGUCUCUCCUCCGCGCUGCGCAGGGCGAGAAGGGCGGCGUUGACUUCUUCGCUUCCCAGGUCGAGCUUGGCCCUGAUGGUGUCGAGAAGAUCCACCCUGUCGGCAAGCUCACCUCGCACGAAGAGUCACUCCUCCAGGCUUGCCUGGGUGACUUGAAGAAGAACAUUCAGAAGGGUGUUGACUUCGUCAAGGCCAACCCAUGA